CUCACAUGUGGCCUAGAGGCGCCGUUGCCCUGCUGUGUUAGCAUCAAGUGGGUAAUGUGGAGCUGACUUCCCCACCGAAACAACCCACUUUAAAAUAAAUAUCGCACGUCUACUCGCGCCUUGCACACAGCUACACCCGAGCCAACAUGCCUCCGAAGAAACCCGUCCCGCCCGGGGGAGGUAAAAAAACUCAAGAGAAGAAAAAGGAGAAGAUAAUUGAGGACAAGACAUUUGGUCUGAAGAACAAGAAGGGUGCCAAGCAGCAGAAGUUCAUCAAGAACGUCACUCAGCAAGUCAAACCGCCUACCAGACCGGGCGAGGGAGAUAAGACCACUAAGAAGAUCGACAAGAAGAAGGAGUUGGACGAACUCAACGAGCUGUUUAAACCUGUAGUCGCUGCUCAGAAAGUCGCCAAAGGCGUCGAUCCGAAGUCGGUGCUGUGUGCAUUCUUCAAGCAGGGUCAAUGCACCAAAGGAGACAAGUGCAAGUUCAGCCAUGAUUUGACAAUGGAGAGAAAAUGUGAGAAGAGGAGUCUCUACGUGGACGAAAGAGACGACGAGCUGGAGAAAGACACCAUGGAUAAGUGGGACGAGAAGAAGCUGGAGGAGGUGGUCAACAAAAAACACGGAGAGGCGGAGAAGAAGAAAGCCAAGACGCAAAUCGUGUGUAAGCACUUCCUGUACGCCAUAGAGAACAACAAGUACGGCUGGUUCUGGUCGUGUCCGGUGGGGGGCGACGUCUGCAUGUACCGGCACGCUCUGCCCCCCGGCUUUGUGCUGAAGAAGGACAAGAAGAAGGAGGAGAAAGAGGAGGACAAGAUCUCGCUGGAGGAACUGAUAGAGAACGAGCGUGCGGCUCUGGGCGCCAACGUGACCCGGAUCACCCUGGAGACCUUCCUGGCUUGGAAGAAGAGGAAAAGGCAGGACAAGAUCGACAAAGCCAUGUUGGAGAUGGAGAAGAAGAAGGCCGACUUCAAGGCCGGCAAGUCGCUAGUGGUGAGCGGGCGCGAGGUGUUCGAGUUCCGGCCCGAUCUGAUCGACGAGGACGACGACGAGGCCACGGACGCUCAAUACGCCAGCGACGGCGAAAACGGAGAGGAAGACGAUGACAAGGAAAGUUCCACAGAGGUCCAGGACAUAGACCUGUCCCGCUUUGUUCCCCAAGAGGUGGACAACACGGGCAUCACCGUAGCCUCCACGGACCGCUUCACCUCCAGGAGCAAGACCCGGCCGGCGGGCACACGCAGCGAGGAGCAGCUGAACGGAGCCUGCGGCGGCCGCGCCAAGGCCAACGGGUUUUCGGGGGCAGAGGGAGGCGGGGAGGAGGAGGACGACGACGAGGAGGAGGAGGAAGAGGAAGAAGUACCGGUGGAUGAGAACUUGUUCACGGGUGAAGACCUGGAGGAGCUGGACGAGGAACUCAACACACUGGCGCUGGAAGAGUGAGCUCUUGAAAAGGGGAGGGAGAGGGGGAAGACGGACUAAGGGACAAAAGCCGUGGAUGCACGGAGAUACACAACAAAGACAGACGUUCUAAUGAUUUUAACUUCCAGAGACUCCAGUAAUAAAGCCUGAUUCUUUCAUGACAUCACUGCCCGUCUCUCGACGCCUCUCUUUCUGUCUUAACAUCCUGCCGCGUCCUCGGCCGUCCCUCCGAAUUCCCUCCACGUUAAAAAGAGAAUUCUGCUGUUGUCCGGUUUCAUCCUGCAGGACAAACUCGCCAGCGUGACUCCGGAGAGAAACCGGGCUCCUUAUCGGUUAAAUAUAGUGAUUUGCAGAGUGAGACGUUUUAAGGGCCUCGUAACUCUUAAUGAAGUGACGUGGUCGCAUGUUGAAGAUGAACAGGAGGGAUUCUGUUGUAAGAAACUGAAUCUGUUCACCUCGUACCAAAAUAAAGCUGGAGUUUGAAAAAGAUUUUACGAAGAGUUAAUUCAAUUUAAGAAGUCCACGUGAAGCUUCGAAUACAUUGCUCUUCUUCUGAGAGCAGACCAGUGAAGAAGCCCCCCAGCAGGGGAGCCAACGUCCCAAUUCCAACACACAAUUGUAAAUAAUGUUCUCAUGAUGCCUCCUGAAGAAAUAAAAGAUUACUGUUCA